AUGGCUUACCCCAACGCGUCCGACGACCUGGUGUGGGUGCUGCUGAACCAGGGCCACUGCUACAAGGCGCGCACGGCCGUCGGCUCCAAGCGCCACCUCAGCCGCGAGCCCAACAACCUCGUCGCGCUCCACUCGCGCAAGUACACCGGUCUGGCGGCGGGCAAGACGGUGGCGAUCCGCGCAACGGGCAAGGGGCAGAACCUGGAGAUGACGAUCACGCACCCCGACAAGGCGCACAAGCCCGCCGAGGCGCGCGAGGUGAUCGUGCUCAAGAAGGACAUGCCGCAGAUCGCCAAAAACAUCACGGACCGGCUAAAGACGUACGAGCCACGGCUGAACAAGGCGGCGCUGGCCUACGCCUACAACCUGCACAAGGCGCUGCGCCGCAGCGAGAGGGGGCAGGUGGGCACCGGCUCCAAGCACGUCGCCGUGCGCUGA